GACGAUUAUCAUGGCAAGCUAUGACUGUCAAAUGCAGGAGCAGGGCAGCAGUGGUUCACUAUCAUCACUAGCACAGGUAUUUAAAAUGGAGACAGACAUUCCUCAAAGUGUUAUGAUCUGCAGGUGUCCAUCCGUUAGCAUUGUUUCCAGAUGACUGUGAUGCUGUUGACUUGCAUAGUAGCCAGACAGAUCAACUGUUAAUGGAAGAUUUCAUUUCCCAGGUAGCAACAAGAAGAGCAAAAUCAGAGGACAGAAACUCAAACGAAGAUGUUUCUAACACACACAACAAGAGAGAGCUUCCCUUCAGAAGACAGACAUACAGGUAUUUGUAUUUCCUUUAAAUUAAAGUGUAGAGUAAUAGAGCUGCAAUACAUCUAUUUCACAGUCAUCUUUACACAUUUGUUUUUCUCCUCAGAAAAGUGUCUUCAGAUCCAGCAGGUCCAAAAGUUGAAGAGAUAAAAGAGGAGGUAGCGCCUUGCAGUGUCCCACCAGGUCCCGGCAUGCCAGCCUCUAUUUAUCAGACAAACCAUGGCCAGUUCAGUAAGUCUCGCUGGAAGGGACAUGUGUUCCAAAAUAAAUAUGUUUAUUUAAAAAUCCAGAUGUAUUUGACACAUCUCAGUCUCUGAAAGUCCAUAGUUGAUUUGGUUAUGUGAAAGUGAUGUGAAAGGACAAGACAGCAUACUACAGGCACUUGAUUAAUAAACUGAUGUAAUUGGCAGCUGUUUACACCAUUUCUGCAUAACCAAAAAGCAUUUGUGUAAUGCUCAAAUGAUGACAUUCCUGUCGAGUGACUUUUCAUUUUUAAACAUGUAGGCCUAAAGUUUUCACUUAAUUUGAAGUGUUCAAGCUUUAACAACAAAAAAAUAAAUGGUUGUUUAGUUCUUUCCCUGGAUUUUUUUUUAGCAGUGUUGGUUAAGGUCAUGGGGCCUACAUUUUUAAAAUGUAGAAUGGCUGUGAGAAGGCAAGUUCUGAUGACUUCCUAAAAGGACAUUCUACUCCAAAAUGAAUGAAAAUAAAAUUAUGCUGACAACAUCUAAAAUAUAAUUUCCCCCUCCAUAAUUAAGCUCAGUAACAUAUUGGUCCAUAUCAAAUGAAAUCAAAUUGUGUUUGUCACAUGCGCCGAAUAAAACAAGUGUAGACUUUAGCGUGAAAUGCUUACUUACGAGGCCCAUUCCCAACAAUGCAGUUAAAAGUAAGAAAAUUAACAAAUAGAUAAAAAGAAAAUAGUAACACAAUAAAAUAACACAAUAAAACAAUAAUAACGAGUCUAUAUGCAAGGAGUACUGGUACUGAGUCAGUGUACUGGUGUACGAGGUAGUUGGGGUGAUUGAUUGAGGUAAUACUGUAUGUACAGUGGGGAUAAAAAGUAUUUGGGUCAUUCUACAGAUUCGGUGCCUUUUGUGAUUGAGGAGGAUGAAACAAUGAACAUUAAAAUCUUAAGCGUUUUUUUAUUUGAUGUGACAAAGUAAUGUGUGUACUUGAUAGAAAAUACCUUUUCCCAUCUCAAUGUAGAGUAUUAAGUUAUUAUUCUGUAUUAUUUUCUCAAACAAGUCCCAAUUUAAUUCAACCCCGUCACAGUCAUUUUGUUAUUCAACUAUUCAUUUUUCCAAUAAGCUUGAGAUCAGCUUCUGGCAUAAUCUCACAGUUUAGAUGUCCCUUGUAAAUAAUGGCAUAUUGUAAUUAAAGAGAAAAUCAAGAAAAACUGACCAGCACCAUCCUUUCCAGUUUACGAUGAAGAAAUUUCUAAUCUAACUCCACAUUUUCGCAAGAAAUGUGCAAGAAUGCUGCGUAAUUCCUGACAAAAUUGAAAUAGCCUUAUUUACCCUGAUUUAAUACACACAAUAAAAACACUAUUGAUGUUAUAUUUUGUGUAUUUAAUACAAAAAUGUAAAAAAAUUAUCUCGUAACAGGGAUGAAUGCACCGCAACAGGGUUGAAAAUCAUGUAACAGGGUUGAGUGAAAAGCAUCACGUGUCAUAUGUUUUAUCUUUUGAGAUCACUAACAUGUUGCCAUUUUUUAAACAUUUUAAACAUUUUUAAACCUACUGUCAACAUAGCUUUUAAAAUCUAAAGAAUCUAGAUGAAAGCUAGACAGAGUAAAACACAUUAAUGAACUAAUAACAGUAACAACAUUUCAUUGAUUUCAUAAAAAUAUCCAUCUGAUAAUGGCAGGAGUCUGUUUGAACAUUGAGCAAACAUCUUAACAUUGAUAACCUAUAUAGGUCACAUGUUGCCAUUUUUUAACAUUUUAAACUACUGUCAACAUAGCUUUUAAAGUUUAAACAAUCAAGAUGAAAUCUAGACAGAUUAAAACACAUUAAUAAACUAACAACAGUUACAACAUUUUCAUUGAUUUCAUAGAAAUAUCCAGAGUAAUGGCAGGAAUGUCUGUGUUGUUUGAAUGUUUGAACAUUAAGCAAACAUCUUAACAUUAAUAACCUAUAGGUAAGCCUACAGUUUGUUCACCAUUUUUACUGAGAGAGCCUAGCCCACACUUCCUUCUGUAUUUCCAUGUGCCUAGAAGUCACCGGUUUAGGGUGAUCAAUGUGUUCCAAGAUGUCCUCAAAUGGAUACCACAGGAUAUCAUCAAGAAGUGGCCAGAAGUACCUAUUUGGUCCAGCACAGCACAUGCAUUUGACCUGCACAUGGGAUUCAUCUGUGGCUAGAAUUAUUCCGGGAUAGAAAUCGUCAUCAUAUUUGGCCACGCACCAUUUCCCGCAUAUGUCUGGAUUUGCCCAAUCAACCUCCCUCUGUGACACGACUGAUGUAACUUUAGGGGUAAAUGUGAAAUGUUGUGAAUUGAAACACUGGCAUUCCAGUUUCUUGUUGUGGACUGUGCACAUACAGCUUACAUCACGGUAGGCAAUUUGCCUUGCAGCCACACAAACAACUUGGUGGAUCCGCAUUGUGGAUGGAACUACUGGCAAAUUGGCUGGCAUACCUUGGACGGCUUUCUCGAUGGCCUCGUCUUCAAUUAAGUAAAGCUUGAUGGCAGUGUUGUUCUCCUCUAAGACCCUGUACAGAGUAUGAGCAUUUGAGAUGUCACAUCCUUGACUUAUCAGCCUGUCUGCGGUUCUUUUUAGGGUUGCACCAACACCAUCUGGUGCUCCCUUCCCAUGUCCAGGAGAAUUACCUGACCACCGGCGCGCGGAUGUCCCUCACCUUCCUCUCUAUGCGUGUUUCCUUUCUGCUGCUGUUUUUUCCAUUGUUGAAUCUGAAAUUGUAGGUCAAGGUCAAGUCAAUGACCUGCUUACUCUUCAAGACUAAAUAUUGUAUCCUUUUAAUCACUAUGUAGUAAAAUGAACAUGAACUUGCAGAUAAUACUCCUAAAUAUGUCAAUGUAUAUAGGAGAGAGAACAAAUUAAUUGUCACUUUUUUUAAGUUAUUAUUUUCAAAAAUUCCUCGUACUUUUAGUUGAUACUGUAAAACCGUAAACAACAAACAUUCAACAAGAAAAUAUGAUUGGUAUUAAGCAAUAUACAUUAAAUAUUGCUAAGAUUUAACAGCUAUUCAACCCUGUAACAGCCAUUCAACCCCGUAACAUUGAAAAAUGUGAUGGGGUUGAAUGUGACAGGGUUGAAGAUUUUGUGCUAAUCUGUUGCUAAUUCGGGAUGCUAGCAGCUAGCAGUGUGCCACAUGGCCUUAUUCAACAAAAGACAUUGUUAUACUUCAUAGCUAUAAAAACAAUUCUUGGUAAAAUCUUAACUAUGAAUCCCCCCCCCCCCAACAGAGUCGAAUACCUGAGAUUGACAAAGCCCAUAUGUGCUUAAAAAACAUGAAAUAUUUAUAAAAAGUGAGAGAGCAGCUUACCACUUGUCACACCAGGCUUCUCUGAAGACUUGUAUGAUGUCACUUCCUCAUAAAUGAUGUCCACAGGAUCAAACCAUUAUUUAAUUGUGAGUGGGGGUAUUGUUGCGUUACGGGGUUGAAAGAAAUACAAGGACAGGGGUAAAAGCCUGAAUUUCUCAGAAAAUAAAAUGUCUUAUGCUGAGAAAAUGGAUUAUUCAUAAUAAGGGGGCAUAUACAAUUAAUUUAACAAAAAAAAAGCAUUAUUAUUUAACACUGUGUACUCAAAAUGAGUCACGCCAUUUGCAUGAUGGUCAAUAGGGACAGGCGAAAUUCUUAAUACUCCUAAGAAAAGCAAACAUAUAAGUAUUGAAAUUCAUCUCUGUUUAAAAUCAUAUUCUCUACUCCAUAUUAAAAACAUGUAAAACUUUGAAAUGUUGUAAUUUAAGUGUAGUUUGAUAAAUGUUCUGACAAGUUAUAACACUAGUACAUCUUGGGACACUGACAAUACUGAAAUGUCACCGAAUCUGUAGAAUGACCCAUUUAGUCAGCCACCAAUUGUGCAAGUUCUCCCACUUAAAAAGAUGAGAGAGGCCUGUACUUUUCAUCAUAGGUACACGUCAACUAUGACAGACAAAAUGAGGGAAAAAAAUCCAGAAAUUCACAUUGUAGGAUUUUUAAUGAAUUUAUUUGCAAAUUAUGGUGGAAAAUAAGUAUUUGGUCACCUACAAACAAGCAAGAUUUCUGGCUCUCACAGACAUGUAACUUCUUCUUUAAGAGGCUCCUCUGUCCUCCACUCGUUACCUGUAUUAAUGGCACCUGUUUGAACUUGUUAUCAGUAUAAAAGACACCUGUCCACAACCUCAAACAGUCACACUCCAAACUCCACUAUGGCCAAGACCAAAGAGCUGUCAAAGGACACCAGAAACAAAAUUGUAGACCUGCACCAGGCUGGGAAGACUGAAUCUGCAGAUUCAGUCUUCCCAGCCUGGUGCAGGUCUACAAUUUUGUUUCUGGUGUCCUUUGACAGCUCUUGGUUUGAAGAAAUCAACUGUGGGAGUAAUUAUUAGGAAAUGGAAGACAUACAAGACCACUGAUAAUCUCCCUCGAUCUGGGGCUCCACGCAAGAUCUCACCCCGUGGGGUCAAAAUGAUCACAAGAACGGUGAGCAAAGCUCCCAGAACCACACGGGGGGACCUAGUGAAUGACCUGCAGAGAGCUGGGACCAAAGUAACAAAGCCUACCAUCAGUAACACACUACGCCGCCAGGGACUCAUAUCCUGCAGUGCCAGACGUGUCCCCCUGCUUAAGCCAGUACAUGUCCAGGCCCGUCUGAAGUUUGCUAGAGUGUAUUUGGAUGAUCCAGAAGAGGAUUGGGAGAAUGUCAUAUGGUCAGAUGAAACCAAAAUAUAACUUUUUGGUAAAAACUCAACUCGUCGUGUUUGGAGGACAAAGAAUGCUGAGUUGCAUCCAAAGAACACCAUACCUACUGUGAAGCAUGGGGGUGGAAACAUCAUGCUUUGGGGCUGUUUUUCUGCAAAGGGACCAGGACGACUGAUCCGUGUAAAGGAAAGAAUGAAUGGGGCCAUGUAUCGUGAGAUUUUGAGUGAAAACCUCCUUCCAUCAGCAAGGGCAUUGAAGAUGAAACGUGGCUGGGUCUUUCAGCAUGACAAUGAUCCCAAACACACCACCCGGGCAACGAAGGAGUGGCUUCGUAAGAAGCAUUUCAAGGUCCUGGAGUGGCCUAGCCAGUCUCCAGAUCUCAACCCCAUAGAAAAUCUUUGGAGGGAGUUGAAAGUCCGUGUUGCCCAGUGACAGCCCCAAAACAUCACUGCUCUAGAGGAGAUCUGCAUGGAGGAAUGGGCCAAAAUUCCAGCAACAGUGUGUGAAAACCUUGUGAAGACUUACAGAAAAUGUUUGACCUGUGUCAUUGCCAACAAAGGGUAUAUAACAAAGUAUUGAGAAACUUUUGUUAUUGACCAAAUACUUAUUUUCCACCAUAAUUUGCAAAUAAAUUCAUAAAAAAUCCUACAAUGUGAUUUUCAGGAUUUUUUUUCCCUCAUUUUGUCUGUCAUAGUUGACGUGUACCUAUGAUGAAAAUUACAGGCCUCUCUCAUCUUUUUAAGUGGGAGAACUUGCACAAUUGGUGGCUGACUAAAUACUUUUUUUCCCCACUGUACAUGUAGGUUUGAUUAGGUGAUUGAUUGAAGUACUAUGUACAUGUAGGUAGGGGGUGAAAAGCAGAAAGUCCGGGUAGCUGUUUAAUUAACUGUUCAGCAGUCUUAUUGCUUUGGGGUAGAAGCUGUUCAGGAGCCUUUUGUUCCCAGACUUGGCACUCCAGUACAGUUUUGGACCAUAAUUGGUCCUUAGUGAUAUGGACACCGAAGAACUUGAAGCUCUCAACCGUCUCCACUAUAGCCCUGUCGAUGUGAAUGGGGGCGUACUCGGCCCUCUGUUUCCUGUAGUCCACUAUGAGCUCCUUUGUCGUGCUGACGUUAAGGGAGAGGUUGUUGUCCUGGUACCACACUGGCAGGUCUCUGACCUCCCUGUAGGCUGUCUCAUCGUCGUCAGUGUUCAGGCGUACCACCAUCGUGUCGUCAGCAAACUUAAUGAUGAUGUUGGAGUCGUUUUGCGGCCAUGCAGUCGUGGGUAAAUAGGGAGUACAGAAGGGGGCUAAGCACACACCCCUGAGGGCCCCCCAUGUUGAGGGUCAGCAUGGUGGAUGUGUUGUUGCCUACACUCACCACCUGCAGGCGGCCUUCAGAAAGUUCAGUAUCCAAUCGCAGAGGGAGGUGUUUAAUCCCAGGGUCCUUAGCUUAGUGAUAAGCUUGGAGGGCACUAUGGUGUUGAAUGCUGAGCUGUAGUCAAUAAACAGCAUUCUCACGUAGGUGUUCAUUUUGUCCAGGUGGGAAAGGGUAGUGUGGUGUGCUAUUUAGCAAUAAGCAUGAUCACCUUUAGUAGCCCAACUGAUGCAGCGUAGUCACUGGCUAUAAAUAAAUAAGCUGAAGCAGAUGGUUGCCGAUCUGCAUUUACCUCAUUGGACGAAUCAUUACCUAUGGGGUAAGUGCAGGCCCCGGCCCAAUAUAACCCCUAUUCGUUUGUUGUCCUCAGUUACCUUUACUCAGGAUGGUGCCAUCCAGCUGACCAGUGCUCUACCUAGGGGUCUACAGGGCCUGCAGCCUCUGACCAUGUCCAACUCUGGAAACCCCCAGUCUGCUGCAGCCAUCGUCCAGUAUUCCCAACAGUCAGGAGAUGGCACUCAGCAGUUCUAUAUGCAAGGCAAUAAGGUGAUGGUAAAAGGUAAAUGCUCCAUUCCCUCACCAUUAAGGUCUGCCAUCAAAUGGAUUAGAUUGGAUUAUUAGCAGGGGUUAAAUUGGGCCGAGACUCGGCACCUAUGAUCCAAAUGAGAGCCAGACCAACAGCAAAAUCAGUUUAUAUAAAUAAUAAAAUAAUCCUAUUAAAUUACUAGAAGGGCUAUGUCAUAAAGCCUCUAAAAUAUAUGUCAACAGACCAUAAAUGUCUCAAUUUUUGUUUUCUUGGAAAGCUAAGAGUGCUGUUAUAUGAUACAAUAUCAGUACUUGUUGCAUUUACAACUUGUCCAAGUCCUAUCAUCUACUGAUUUCAGCCAGUGUAUGGCUGUGGAUUGACUGCAUAGAUGCGGUUAAAGAGGUCAAUGGAACACAGACCGUGGGGGAUAGAAAGAUGCUGGAUUGGGGGACAUUCAACAAAUCUGAUCUAACAAAGUGGAUAUUCGUGAAAUCCGUCAUGAUUGAUGUAUUGUAACAAGCUCACAAUGUGGUUACUAAAGUUUGAUUUGGAUAUACACUGAGUGUACAAAACAUUAAGAACACCUUCCUAAUAUUGAGUUGCACCCCACCCAUUUGGCCCUCAGAUUCUACAAGGUGUCAAAAGCAUUCCACAGGAAUGCUGGCCCAUGUUGACUCCAGUGCUUCCCAUAGUUGUGUCAAGUUGGCUGGAUGUCCUUUGGGUGGUGCACCAUUUUUGAUAAACAUGGGAAACUGUUGAGUGCGAAAAACCCAGCAGUGUUGCAGUUCUUGACACAAACCGGUGCACCUGGCACCUACUACCAUACCCCGUUCAAAGGCACUUAAAUAUUCUGUCUUGCCCAUUCACCCUCUGAAUGACACACAUACACAAUCCAUGUCUCAAUUGUCUCAAGGCUUAAAAAUCCUUCUUUAACCUGUCUCCUUCAUAUACACUGAUUGAAGUUGAUUUAACAAAUGACAUCAAUAAGGGAUCAUAGCUUUCACCUGGUCAGUCUAUGUCAUGGAAACACUAAGUGUAUUUGGCAGGUUUCGCUGCAUGACAUUUAGAAGUUGUCCCUUUUCAGGUUUAGAAGAAGUGACUGCUAAAUGCUAACUCCUGUUCGUAUAAACUGGUAGCAUAGCUAGCAUACAGAAAUUGGUGGUGGUAGACAAAGUCGUUUUUAACUGUAAUGCAGUUGAUUGAUAAUGAUGACAUGAACAUGUAUUGGGGUUGAUAUCCAUACAAGCAAUAUACUCCAAUUUUUACCUCAACAUAGUGUGAAAUACACAUAUAACAAUACCUAAAUGUGGGCUAAUUUUACUGGGCGGCAAUCACGAGAUUAGGGAUCUUACCCCUACAGCAUUUUCCCUCCACACUUUUCAAUCCAUUUACAUUGUUUUGGUCGAGUGUCAUUGAACCUUUUACCGCUUCUAUUGUUUGAAUGGAAUGUUGGUAUAUUAGCAGUUAAUUGAAACAUUUAAUGGAAUCAUACCUCUAAAACUGUCUGGCUAGCUAGCUAACAAACAUACAGUGCAGAUAAAUUAUUCAAAUUAAUUAUUUUGCACAUUGUCUUAUCACAGAACUGGCAAACCAUGGUUGACCAACUCCUUGACCAAAACGGCUUACCUUUCUCCCACCAUAAGAAGGUUCAUGUCCAUUCUGGUAUUCUAAUGCCUAAUUAUAUAGGGGUGACCUCCAGGGGGUUUUAAAGAUUACUGUUUGUGAUCUAAGACCAGGUAAUGAUUUGCCCAAUUGGGGUAAAUGCAGAUGGAAAACCUGCUUCAGCCUAUUUAUUUAUAGCCACUGACUAUGCUGCAUCAGUUGGGCUACAGGGGAUCAUGCUUAUUGCGGAAUAGCACACCUUUCUGUUAUAUGGACAAAUAUGUGAUUGGCCUUAAUUCUGAAAUUAUAUUUGAGAUGUUGUCAGCAUCAUUUAAUUUUCAUUCAUUUUGGAGUAGAAUGUCCUUUUAAAAUGUCACCGGAACUGACCCUCUCACAGUCGUUCAACCCAAAUCACAGUUGUUCAACCCCAAAAAAUUGUAGGCCUAUACGACCCUUGCCACCACUGCAAAAAAAACACUAACCAGCUGUUAUUAAAGGUCCAAUGCAGCCGUUUUUAUCUCUAAAUCAAAUAAUUUCUGGGUAGCAAUUAAUUACCUUACUGUGAUUGUUUUCAACAACAACAACAAAAAACAUUAAUAGCAACAAUUGAAAUGGAAAAAAAGAAACAAAAAUAGCUUCUCAAGCAAUAAUUUUGCUAGGACUGUCUGGGAGUGGUCCAGUGGAGGCUGCUGAGGGGAGGACGGCUGGAAUGGAGUUAAUGGAAUGGCAUCAAACACGUGGAAACCAUGUGUUUGAUGUAUUUGAUACCAUUCCACUCAUUUCCGCUCCAGCCAUUACCACUAGCCCGUCCUCCCCAAUUAAGGUGCCACCAACCUCCUGUGGAGUGGUCUGAGUGGGGAGGGGAAAACUGAACAUUAGCUGCUAUUGCCAGAGUGGUUUGGAACUCUUUCUUAUUGACUAAUCUUCCACAUGGUGAUGUCACCAUGGAAGGCCAAAACCCACCAAAACAGGCAGAAAAUAUUUUAAAACAGCCCUUACACUAAAAGGACAUUAUCAUAAUUUUCACAAUUUCACAGUAUUAUUCCAACCUCAAAGUGUUGGAAAUAUAUAUAAAACCCAGGAAAAUCACAUUUUUGACUGCACUGGACCUUUAAAGUAGGCUGUACUACUGUAAAGUACUCUUCAUCGUGAUCCCUGGCAGGAGUCUCCAGAAGCGCCAAUACAUCCAGAACAGCGCUGCUAGGAUCUUGAAGAGAGUGCAGAAACACCAUCACAUCACCCCCAUCCUGGCAUCUCUGCACUGGCUCCCCGUCUCAUUCCGGAUUGAAUUCAAAACCCUCCUGCUGACUUUCUAGUGUAUUCGUGGCAGUGCCCCUCCUUAUCUCAAAGAACUGCUUUUCCCUCCAUAACCCCACCUGCACCCUCAGGUCAAGCGAUAGCCUGCUCUUCCACGCCCCCAGGACCAAGUUCCGCUACUUGGAGGAUCGGGCAUUCAGCUCGACCACCCCAAACCUCUGGAAUGCUCUCCUGGACCCCUUUGAAAGCACAAUAAACUCUAGACUCCUUUAAAAUUGGCCUAAAGACCUUUCUCUUUAGGAAGGCUUUCUGUUGAUAGCUGUGCUCCUUGGUAUCCUUGUCCCUUGUGGUGUCCGCUGGGUUCUUUGUGUCAGUUGCCCUGUCUAGUUGUGCCCAUUUAUUUUUCUAUUUGGUAAAAAUUAUUCUGUAUAAUGAAAAGUGCUUUAAAAAUGAAAUAAAUUAUUAUUAUUAAAGCUUGGACACUUCAAAUUAAGUGAGAAAAAAACUAAAAGUCACUCAACUGGAAUGUCAUGAUUUGAGCAUUACAUAGAAAUCACAUUGUGCAGAAAUUAUGUUUACAGCAGUUUAUUAAGUAUUUAAGUAGUAUUAAGUAGAGUGCUGUCAUAUAUGUUUUUGUCAGUAUAUAUUGUUUCGGUUAGUGUAUUAUAUCAUUCACACCCAAUACCCAAUUCAAUGUUUUAAAAAGACAUACAAAUAAUCUCCUUUAAAAAUGCUUUUGUUGUUGUUGAGAUUAACACAUUUGAGAAGCAAUUUAAACCUUUCAUAGGCCAAAAAAAACACAAAAGCAAUAAAUACCAGUGGAGGGGGAGGACUCAUAGAUCAAUGCAUGUCAUCAUUGACAUCAGGAAGCCAAUGAUGUCAUAGUGAUGUCAAUGCCCUUAAUUGUGAUUGCACACAUAGCUGGUGGUUUUGGAAGCAUUUCAGUUAGAGAGCUGCAUUUGGACCUCUUAAGAACAGAUAUGGCUGUUGCUGCGGAUGAGUCAGGUAUGUUAACUUUAAUCUUUUACUUUUUUAUGUAACUAGACAAGUCAGUUAAGAACACAUUUUCAUUUACAAUGACAGCCUACCACAGCCAAACCCUCCCCUAACCUGGACAACUGUGCGCUUCCCUAUGGGACUCCCAAUCACGGCCAGAUGUGAUACAGCCUGGGAUUGAACCAGGGUCUGUAGUGAUGCCUCUUGUACUGACAUGCAGUGCCUUAGACCGCUGCGCCACUCGAAAGCUUGAUGAGAAAGUUAAAGAGAAAAUGGUAACUGUGAAGGAACUCCUCUGUCUUCGUGCUACACUAAUACUGUACAGCCUGCGUAGCCUCUGCUUUUUGGAUUAAUUAUUAAUUUUGACUCUUAACUGUAGAAGAUUGUUAUUGUAUGAUAAUAAUAUCACAGUUGUCUACAGACAUUAGCUAAUAAAAUUGAAAGAAAACGUACUAUAAAGUCAUAAAGGUAUUGAACUCACCAUGAAGUAAUAAAGGUAUUGAAAAUGUGUUGAUAUCCUGAGAGAUAUAACACAGUUGUUGUAUUGCUUAGGAUUUGUUUUAUUGUCAAAACAAAUACAUUAGAAUUCCAUGUAAUUUAGCAUUAUUAUCCUUGAAUGUCUUGGUUUGUCUUUUGUAAAACUGCAAAACAGCCUCGGAAAUAUCAGUCUUCUUGUGAAAGAAAAAGCUGAUUGCAACACGCUGAAUACGAUUGGAAUAUUUUGUGUUUCCCUGUGCGCUCCGUCCGUCCAUCCCCCCUCCCUCUCUUCUCCUCUCCCUCUCUGUGAAAUGCUUUCCUGCCCACUCAAAGCGCACACACACACACAGUGGCUGACGUCACUAGUUUUCCUGGAACUGGACCCCAGCAGGGAAAUGUAAAUGCUAACCGGCGAAUAAGAUGGACAUUGACGUCAGUCCCAGUCAUGCUGUGAUUACAGGCAGUUCCUUUUGCGAGAGCAAGACGUUACCAAAUGAAUCACCAUAUUCAAUGAUAUACAGGCAGCUCCAAUGGCACAGAUAAGGUUUAUUUAAGGAGAAGUAGGCUACUGGACAUAGAUGUGGCAAUAACACUCUCUCAGUGCUUCAUCAAAUAGUUUUCUUCUACAAAACAAUGUUCUUUGUUCUCUGACUGAUUUUGGAUGGAAUUCUGCACAAAUUUAAACUAACAUGUUGAAGUGAAUGUAGGAAUGUCAAAUUCCUAGGCAUUUUAUUUUGUUCUGCUCUCUGUAGAGCCUGUCUGUGUAGCGAUCAUAUUCUCUCUCACGUAACCACUCACACCCCUAGGAAUCGGAUGACAUCAGAACCUUAUUACGUAAUCCACCGAUGUAUACUUCCAUACCUUUUAGUCACUGUGUGAAUUAAUUAGACUACUUACCUUUCUGUACUUUUAAGGUGGUGGAUGCCUUAUUCAGCAAGUUAGCAGCUAAUACACAUGGUAGUGCUCUAAGAAGUGUUCCCCAUCACACUGACUCCUUGCCUGUCUGUGUAUUUCUGUGUUUCUGCCAGCUUCCACUGGUGACAUGUCAGGCUACCAGAUUUGCACUCCCACCUCCAGCCUGCCCCAGGGUGUUGUGAUGGCCAGCUCCCCAGGCUCCCUGCACAGCCCCCCACUCAUGGCUGACGAGACCACACGCAAGAGACAACUCCGCCUCAUGAAGAACAGGUAGACUACACCCACAUUAAAAAAAAAUACUACAGUUUACUAUAGAAUACUACAGUACUUACUAUAUAAUUAUGUAGUAUACUGUAGAAUACUAUACUACACACUGUAGUAUCCCUCGAUCAUGUGUAGUACUUAGUAUAUAUUUUUGUAGUAUACUGUAGAAUACUAUAGUAAAUACUACGGUAUUAUCCACCAAAAAACCCUGUAGUAAAUAAUACAGAAAUGUCAGCAAAAACACUACAGUCCACAAAAACAAUAUAUUUUUUAUUUUUUCUUUAAUUUGCCCAUUCCCCUCCCCCAUAUCCCAAUUUGUGCCACCCGUAAGUGAGAAACCUACAUGCCAAUUAUAGACCAUGUAUUGUGUUACCUAUGGUUAGAGAAACCGAUGUACUGGUUUUGGAACAUUUCUCUUUUAGUAUUUCUCCAGUAGGUUUCCUCAAGGAGAAAGUCCCUCACUUGUAUGUAAAAGAUAAUAAAACACUACAGUAAAUACUACAGUAUACUACAGUACAAAAACACUACGGUGAAUACUACAGGAAAGUCCGCAAAAACAUUCCAAUAUUUUUUCAUGUGGGUACUAAACCACAGCCUUAUGAUCAAGGCGGGUCCUGCAUGAGAAUGUUGGCUAAGCAUGAUGGGACAGAUCAUCAUCAAAAUGCUAAUAACAUGUUUUUUUCAUUCAUUAAUGCUACUAAUUAACAUGCAUGUGCUGUAUACUACAUCUGCAUUCUAUCGCCUGGGUUCGGUGUCCAAUCACCCAUUCUUGGCCUGCCUUUUUUGAAUGACACCAUUUGCCUCAGAACACACACUGACAUGCUUGUUGUACUUUGACAUUGGAUUGCUGUUGUGCAUUUUUGUGCUUUGUCGUGCUUUCACCUGAGUGUUUGUCACUAAAAGCUAUAUUUUUUGUUGACAUUUACACUCUGCUAUUGCAUGUAUUAUGUCACGAUUAUGUAGUCUCCUGCAUGUUGAUUUAGGUAAAAUGCCUAAUCAGUCACUCUGUGGUGGUGUUAUUGCGUAUGUUCGUUACCAUUAUCAGUCUUGACUGAAACUUAUUGUGAGUGAUUGUGAAAAUACUGGAUGUAAGCCUUUCUUGUUAUGGACGUAUGGCCUUGAUAUCUUUGUCUGUAGCUACCAGUCUUUUCACGGAGGCUGUGUGUUGUUGCUUCCAGGGAGGCUGCCCGCGAGUGUCGCCGGAAGAAGAAGGAAUAUGUAAAAUGUAUUGAGAAUCGGGUGGCUCUGCUCGAAAAUCAAAACAGGACUCUCAUUGAGGAACUAAAAGCUCUUAAAGACAUAUAUUGCCACAAAGUUGAAUGACCACAGACUGCUAAAGGCUUGAGGGUGUGCGCCGCAGUAACAGUUUCCAGAUAACUGUAAGGGUAUCUUGGAGAAUCCGCUUUCAUUUGAUGUCCAGCAUCUGCUCUUACACACCAAAAUAUGCAAAAAAACAUUCAGCGCGUUUCCCGAUCCACUUGUUUAGAAGACAUGUUUCCUACUGUCGUCAUACAGCACUUACAGUAUCUGGCCAGUUGUGGAGCGAGUACAGUGAGUAUUAUGAGGUGCCCCUGUUGCUUUUGCUUGUUGCAGGCAAGCAGCCAAAGAGUGCCGGCGGAGGAAGAGAGAGUAUAUUCGAUGUCUGGAGACUCGCCUCACCAUGCUGGAGGCCCAGAACAAGAAGCUCAUGGACGAGCUAAACUACUUUAAGGAAAUUUAUGGAAUUAAGUCAAGUCAG